AUGGAGUCGCGAUCUUCGUCGGUACCAGACCUGUGUCUGCUGAUCAAGCAGCGCGACGUCGCUCGGCUCCGCCAAGCGUUGGAAACUCACCCCUCGCUCAUCCGACAGCAUCGAUGGUCCGGCGUGACAGGGCUGCACCGAGCUGUAUCCGAGGGUGACGUUGAGAUCGUGCAGCUUCUACUUGCGAACGGAGCCGAUGUCAACCAGAGAAGUACCUGGGGAUGGUACUCGCCGCUGCACUUGGCGUGCAAGGCUGGCUCGGAGGAGAUGAUUUGGCUGCUGCUCAACCACGGAGCCAACUGGAAUCUUCCUGACAAGGCCAAGAAGACCCCUCUUCAGUGGGCCGUCCGAGCAGGCAAAGCCUCCAUCGCCUACCGCAUCGACCAGCAACUGCACGCCAAGGCCAAGCUGGCGCUGCAACAGGCCCGCGAGCAGCAGCAACAGCAACAAAACACUACCAACUCGCCAUUAACAUUCGCAAAACUUUGCGGAUAA